AUGACAGGCCUUCAAUGAACAAGCGGGCCAGCGAAGAGGAGGAGCAUUUUGGGGAUGAAGAGGACAUAGUACCACCCUCUAAGAAAAAGACAGCUGCUGAAUUUAGAAAACACCUGGAUGAACAGAUGUGGGAGAGAAGGAAACUUGACCAAAUGCAAAGAAAUUUGCAGGAGUUGAGAAAUGAAGUCCAUUCUCUUAAAAAUGAAAAUGCACGUCUGAAAGACAUUAUCAUCAAUCAAAUCCCUCAAAUGAAAAGUGACCUCCCCAUUAUUGCUCAAAAGAAGACUGGAAGGACUCCUGUGGAGGAUCUAGAUUCCUCCUUCUCGACUUUUGGAGAAGUGCAACCGACUCCAGAGAGGAGACAGAGCCCAGAGGAGACCGAGCCCUUUAAAGAGAGUCCCAUGGUGACUGAGCGCUUUCGAGAGACACCACAGACUGCAGCAACAGCUGAGACCUCAGCGAAAACACAGAUUGAAGUUAUAAAGGGCUCUGGGGUGUUUUGCCAGGCAGAAGUGUGGAAAGCAGCCCGCCUUGCCCCCUCUGCUACUGCCAUGGUGCGGAAUCUGCUGCUGGGCACCUUUGAUUUGGAGACUUUGCUGAAAAGCAACCUGAAUGGUGGGAAGCCAACCAGAGGGGAUGGGGAGCAGCUGGUCGCACUUGACCAAAUUAAAAAGGCAGCCAUUAUUGCCACAUUGCUGGGGUAUUGCGCUGUAAGAUGCUACAUUGAAGAAGUGGCCGGCAGCCAGCCAAGGGCAGAUAGGCACAUCUAUCAAUUCGAAGCUCACGGAGCUGAGAAGAUCAACAAGAUAAAUAGUUUUUUUUUUUCUAUUCAGUUUUUUGUCUUGUUUUUGUUCUUGUUCUAUUUGAUUGUUCUUAAGUAAAUAAAUAAAUGUACAUUUCUACAUUUUGGGCUUUUAUUUAUGUUGCAUAGU